UAGAAUCUGGGGCUGUGCCACCGACCUACGGGGCCCAGCUUUUAAAGUGACUUUGAAUUCCGAACCUAUGUAGGUGCUGCAGAAAGAAAAUGGUGGUCUUCAUGAACGCAAAGAUUAAAUCUUUCUUUAAACGUUUCAAGAAGAAAACGGUUUCCAACCUAGACGAGGAGAGUCGAUGGACUGUCCACUACACAGCGCCAUGGCAUCAGCAGGAGAAUGUUUUUCUUCCCACCACGAGACCCCCCUGUGUUGAGGACCUGCACCGCCAAGCAAAGCUCAACCUCAAAUCAGUGCUGAGGGAAUGUGACAAGCUGAGGCGGGAUGGAUGCCGAAGUUCUCAAUACUAUUCUCAGGGACCCACCUUUGCAGCCAGCACCAGCCCAUGCGAUGAAUAUCAAGAUGAGGAUGCGGACACAGAUCGAAAGUGUUCUAUCUCUUCAUCCGAAGAAGAAAGAUUUAUCAGCAUCAGGAGACCUAAAACACCAACCUCAGCUGACUUCUCAGACCUUCACACUCAGACGAACUGGACCAGGUCCCUGCCGCUGCCAACACCAGAAGAGAAGACUCGGCAGCAAGCCCAGACGGUCCAGGCUGAUGUGGUUCCUAUUAACAUAACUGGGGAGAACUUUGAUCGUCAGGCCAGCCUUCGGCGGUCUCUAAUUUACACAGACACUCUGGUAAGACGACCGAAGAAAGUCAAAAGGAGAAAGACUAUUUCAGGAAUCCCUGACAUCAUUCAGAAGGAGCUAGCAUCAGUCCCUGGCCAAGAUGAUGAUGAUGAUAGUGGUCACUCAAUGUACACCCCAGACCACUACUCUACACUAGGAAGGCUUGAUAGCUAUCGGCCUACAGGGCAGCGCUCAGAAACCAGGGACUCCAGCUGUCAGACAGAAGACGUGAAAGUCAUCCCACCAUCAAUGAGGAGGAUCAGGGCCCACAAAGGGCUAGGCAUCGCUGCCCAGAUGAGCCACCUCCCGGGCUCCUCUGGCAACAUGUCUGUGCUGAGCGAUUCGGCUGGUAUCGUGUUCCCAUCUCGCCUCAAUAAUGAUGCUGAUUUCCACAGUCUCCCACGGUCUGGUGCGAGAGCAAGCACCUAUUCCCUGGAGUCAAGGAUGGGUGCCCUGGGCUCUGCUGACAACAUGGAUGACACUUUCCGCCACCAGGGGGGUAGCUCCCAGGGGCAUGAAAACUUUGCACAUUUAGGGGGUGCCUCGAGGUCUGGAAUGCUCUUGAGGCCCAAAUCCCAGCAACUGAGGUUCUCAGAGAGCGAAAACAUAGCAAGUCCAGCAUGUGUGGUUUCGCCUCAUGCAGCCUACUCUACCAGUGUCAUUCCAAAUGCCACACUACUGUCUUCUUCAGAGGUUAUUGUUAUUCACACUGCUCAGAGUAUGGGACAGCUGGACAGUAGAAUGCCUGGGUCAUCCACGUACUCAAAGAUAAAACCCAGAGAUCGCCCCAUGCCCAGAUGUUCUCUGAAAGAUGACCAUCAGUCCCCGAGUCACCACUGGAAUGAGCGUCAUAUUAUUCAUUCACAGGCUUUAGCCUCCUCUGCCUCUAGUGCCACCACACUGUUGUCCCUCUGUGAUUCAGAGGUCCCUCUAAAUGCCCCAGCCAGCAGGGAGAAUGGGUCUCAAGCCAUACCCUAUCAUUGUAGAAACAACCUGAACUUUCCUGCCCACCUUCCAGAGGUGGAUGGCAAGAGCGAGUCUAGUUAUUCGGGGGACAGGGGGCAUGGCAGUUCUGAGCCCUGGGAAUGUAGAGCUUCCAGCAAUGGUCAGGCAUCCCCACUGAAGCCACACCUGGCAACACCUGGUUGUUCUACUCCCACGAGUAACAUGAGCAGCUGCAGCUUGGACCAAACAUCUGUCAAGGAGGAUGCCAGGUCCCUGUAUUCAGAGGACCACGACGGUUACUCUGUGACCACUCACAGUGACUCUGGACACGAGACUGGAAACGUGUACAACAUCAGUGAUGGCUUUGGGAACCCCAGGCACAGUAUGGUCAAUGUUUUUGAUGGAAGGGCUCAGAGAAGCCAAGGGGAUCAGGCCAAUCAUCAGGAUAAAUCCCUUUCCAGAAACAUCUCUCUGAGGAAAGCAAAGAAACCACCCCUGCCACCCUGCCGCACGGACUCCCUUCGAAGGGUUCCCAAGAAGAACAGCCAGUCCAAUGGGCAGAUGCUCAAUGAGAGCCUGAUCGCCUCGCUCCAACACUCGCUGCAACAAAGCCUACCUGGCAAGGGUGGCAGCUCCCCUUCCCAGAGCCCCUGCAGUGACUUUGAGGAACCCUGGCUCCCUCGCUCCAGAAGCCAGAGCAUUGUCAGUGAGGGUAGCAGCAUGACCUCCACCACCACUCCCAAUGUGUACUCUCUGUGUGGGGUUACUCCAUCACAGAGUGACACAAGCAGCGUCAAGUCAGAAUACACAGACCCUUGGGGCUACUACAUUGACUACACCAGCUUUCAGGAAGAGCCAGGGAAUCCCACAGGGGGCUGCUCGGCCAGCAGUGAGGCGCCAACUGGAAAUGGGCCAGUCUGCCAUAUCCAAGAGGGGUCCAGAGGCCCAAUGCCCCAAGUGCCUGGUGGCUCAGUUAAACCAAAGAUCACGUCACCGGAGAAGUCACAGAGAGUCACCUCUCCAUCCAGUGGGUAUUCCAGCCAGUCUAAUACACCCACAGCUCUCACCCCUGUGCCUGUAUUUUUAAAAUCAAUGUCACCAGCAAAUGGGAAAGGGAAGGCCAAGCCCAAGGUACCAGAAAGGAAGUCGUCUCUAAUCUCCUCAGUGUCCAUCUCCUCUUCGUCCACUUCUCUCUCCUCUAACACUUCUACAGAAGGAAGUGGCACCAUGAAGAAAUUGGAUUCAGCCCUGGCCUCGCCCCUUGCUCCUCCCCCUCCCCUUCCCCCUCUGCCUUCUCCCUGUCUGGCAGACAAGUCCUCCUUUCUUCCACCACCUCCUCCUCUAGCAGAUUGCCCCGAGGGCUCUCCUCUGCCUCCAUCUCCGGUGUUCCCCCCUCCGCCACCAGAAGCCCUUGUUCCCUUCUGCUCCCCCACUGACAGGUGCCUUUCUCCUCCCCCCACAGCUCUUAGCUCUCCUCUUCCUGGAUCCUCACCUCCCUUGCCAGCACCUCCACCUUUCUUGCCCUCGUCAGAACCCCCUCCAGCUCCACCCCUGGACCCCAAAUUCAUGAAAGACAGCAGGCCUUUUUUCAAAAACUCUAGGCAGUCCGAAUCCUCCAGGGAGGCCCUCAGGCGGCCUGCCAACAAGGAGGAGGGUUGCCGACCCCCCAUGCCCUUGAUCACCACGGAAGCGUUGCAGAUGGUACAGUUGAGGCCAGUGAAAAAGAACUCAGGCGCCGAGACAGCCCUGUUUUCUGAACCAUCAGCUCAGGAACAACGAACUCCGACUGCUCCACAGUAUCACUUAAAGCCAUCUGCUCUCCUCAAAUCCCGAAAUAGCAUAAAUGAAAUGGAGAGUGAAAGCCAGCCUGCCUCUGUGACGAGCUCGCAUCCGAUGCCUGCCAAGAGCCAGAGUCAGGGUGACCAUGACAGAGCAGCCGAGCGUGGCGGCCUUCUGAGCCGCAGUGAUGGAGCUCAGUGUCCAGGACCCAGCCUCAGGACCACUCUGCUCCCAGACUCUUCACCCAGCAGGAAGCCACCCCCCAUCUCCAAGAAGCCCAAACUGUUCCUGGUGGUACCACCUCCGCAGAGAGAUUUCACAGCGGAGCCCACAGAGAACGGGAGCGAAGCAUUUCCAGGCGUGCCCAGCCCUCCCAGGGCAGAGGAGGAGGCUGUACACAGUCAAGAGGAGAAAACCAGCCCAGCAUCCCGAGCUGGUUCUCAUGCUACGCCCCCCACCCCCAACAGUCCGGUUCUGGAAAGAGGAGCUGCAGGGUCUUUGUCCCCUGGCUGUGUGGAGACCAAUGUCCCCAUGGUUCAGCCCAGUGACUCACCGGGCCCUACACAGGAAGAGUCAGCCGAGAGCAGCGUGGAUGGUGAGGGCAAUGCGGAGAGCUGCCGGUCUCAACAGGGCAGGGAAGCUGGGCUGCUGGAACCCAACACAGCUUCUUCCUCAGAUGCUCGGGACUUCUCUAAGGAAGAUGGGAGUGAUGACGUCAUGACCCCCACUAGACCCAUGACAACAGAGGACCUGUUUGCAGCCAUUCACAGAUCCAAAAGGAAAGUCCUCGGCCGCAAAGACUCAGAAGACGAUCACACCCGAAACCACUCUCCCUCCCCGCCAGUGACACCCACGGGUGCAGCACCUAGCCUGGCCUCUCCAAAGCAAGUAGGUUCUAUUCAGAGAAGCAUGAAAAAGAGUGCUACCAGCAGUGACAACUUCAAAGCUCUGCUGCUAAAGAAGGGCAGUCGCUCGGACACCAGCGCUCGCAUGUCCGCAGCAGAGAUGCUCAAGUCCACGGAUCCUCGAUUCCAGAGAUCCAGGUCGGAGCCUUCACCAGACGUCCCGGACAGCCCGUCCAGCUGCUCCCCCAACAAGAACAGGAGGGCCCAGGAGGAGUGGGCCAAGAACGAAGGCUUGAUGCCUCGGAGUCUGUCCUUUUCAGGCCCACGGUACAGCCGUAGCCGGACGCCACCCUCUGCGGCCAGCAGCAGGUACAGCAUGCGGAACCGCAUCCAGAGCAGCCCGAUGACUGUCAUCUCCGAGGGAGAGGGAGAGCCUGCUGAGCCAGCGGACAACAAAACACACAGGGCCCCGGACUCUGCCAGGGGAUGCUCUCUGGACAGGCUGGAGGGGAAAAAAGUGGACCCAGACAGCCUGCUGUGUAGGGAGGAGCCCACUUCUGUGGAUGGCAUGGGAAGGGCAGAGGGCAAAGGUCUCUCGGAGCACUGUGGGGGUAGUGAAGAGUUAGGGUCAGAACCUGCCUCUCUUGAGUGAGGUUGGAGGGAAUGCAUCACUCGGAAGUCUAUGUGGCCUUUUCCUGGCUUGUGGGGACCCCACUCAGCAUUGGUGAUGGGGAGGUCUCAGCCUUGCAGGUCACUUAGGACUCACUCGCCAUGUGGCUUAAAAGCAAGUAGAAGCUUCAACUUCUGAAAGUGCUUCCUGGGGAAGAUUUUUGUUUGUUUGUUUGCUUGUUUGUUUUUCCCAAAAAUGCCAGGUGUGUGUAUAUGUGUGCAUUUUGAACACUUUAUUCUAACACAUACACACACUAACAUUGUGUAUAGAAAUAGGAGAAGUCAGAGUUAAGGUAGAUAGAGUCAUGAAGACUUCUGGACCGUGGUGGUAACUGCUUUCAAUGCAUUAUGGGUAUGGGAAUGAGUAAGUUCAGUAAGCUAAGAGGCAGCGGGGCUGAUCCUAACCAUGGAACACCGCCAUGUGUGCAUGUGCUAUAGCUCAAGACACAACAUGGAAACCCUGAAGAGACUGGGAAAUGGCUAAGCAACUCAUUGGUUCAGGUACUUUGUGGGGGAGGGGCUCUGCUGAUGCUGCUUCCUCCUUCUUUUGUAAAAAUAACCCAAGUGGAAGUGUGGAGACUAUGUCCUGUGCCUACCACUCACACUUCUAGCCUGAUGUUGGAAGCGUGGGUGGGUUUUUUUUUUUUUUUUUCUUUUUUAAAACAUGAAUUCCCUAGAGUUGCAACCAAGCCCUUCUCCAACGGAGGUGAUGCUAUGGUUGCUGAGGUGAUGGUGUAGUAGAACGAGGGAAGAGAGAGGCAAGAAGAGCAGGGUCUCAUGAGGAGAGGGGAAUGGGUGAUGCUGCUGGAUUGUUUCCUGUUUAUUAAAUAAAAUAUUUUCAGAAUUAAAUCAGAAAACGUGCACUGUAGAACUGUGGGUGGGUGAAGCUUUUCCUUUCAAAAGAGUUCUUUUGUUUUCAAACCAGAGUGUAAACUUCCGUGUGACAGCUUGUCACUUGAAAUGUCGACAUUGCUAACUCUUGGAUCUCCUUUUGGUUAUACCAAAGAAAAAUAAUACAGCUAUUCCCCCACCCCCUGAACUGCUUGCAGCAUCAUGUCCUUACUUAGAAGGUUUACCAAAAUCUAUUAUAUAGUAUCUCACUUUCAAGAAAAUGCUGACUCUUGUUAGUGGAAGAAACUGAUAAAAUUGGUAGGGCUUGGCUAUUAAUUAGCCCUGGGAAAUGAGUUUUUAGAUUAAAAAGAUUUUUUUUUUUGCACCAUUUGAUUUGUGUGGUUUUUGUAUUUGUUUAUGAGUUGAGUUGCUGAGUCCCUUCUGGGUUCUUCCCAUUAGAAUUCCAGCAUGUUUUAGAAUUGGGAUGAGAGUGUGCAAAGUGUUUGUUUUACUGUAACAAUUUGUGCCCCUUGCUUCCUUCCAGGUCUCGUAUGCCCAGAACAAACCACACUCUUCAUUUUUCUCCCAAUGAUUACAUCGAACUUUUAAAGCCACUGUGGUUUGCCAUUGACAACCACAAAUGAUGACUUGACAUGUGGCCACAGGGAUUUUUUUCUUUUAAUCCUUUGGGUUAAUUUUCAACUACAUGGGGGCACACAGAUCAUUUUUUGUAAAUCUUAGGAAGGUCAUAUUGAGUUUUGCAUACCUAAAAAAAUUAGAAUGUAUGUGGCUAUCAGAAAUCUUGAAAUUAAUAUAUCAAUAUUUGUUUGAGGGCAAGAUGAGGAGCACUAGAACUAAUUAUAAAAUGAUUUAAAAUCCCCAUUUUAAAGAUAUUUAUUAGGUUUUUAAGUUUGCUUUGAAUAAAACAAUUGUAAAGUCAG